UCAGCGUAUAUGACGGUUGCACAGAAACAUUUUUUUUCCUGUAGCACCGUUGUCAUUAGAUUGUUGAGAAAUUUGGUCAUGUUUCGGAAUGUUUUAGACAGACUGGUGACCGAAACCGUUCGUAUUCACCGUUAUGUGAAACAUGUACCUUUAAAACCGAGGACAACACCUGCUUCCGUGUUUGUGAGGAGCUUUACGGGUGCAAAGGACGAAGCGCAGCCGCCUUUUGACACAUCACUUCUUGACUUUCUUGUGUGUCCUUUGUCUAAGAAGCCACUAAGGUAUGAGUCCAACACCAAUGAGCUGAUCAAUGAGGAGCUGGGCAUCGCUUAUCCCAUCAUUGAUGGCAUUCCAAACAUGAUCCCUCAAGAAGCCAGAAUCAUUAAGAAAGCAUCAGACACCUUGAACAGACCAACACAAGAAUAACUUUGGAA